AUGGACGCCCUCCAAAAAGUCCACGACUUCGCCAAAAGCAUAAACGUGCCCAUCCAUUUCCUCAGCAAACAAGAAGCCCACCGCCGCGAACCAGAUGUGCGGGCUGAAGCCGGCGUCUUGGAAAGCCCCAGCACCGGCAUCGUAGAUUCGCACAGCCUGAUGCAAUACCUGCAAGGCUCCUUCGAAAACGGCGGCGGCAUCUGCGCCUUCAAAUCCACAGUUACACACAUCCGCCCCAUCGAUUCCGGACGCUCGGGAUGGGAAAUCACGACGACGGGAGCGGAUGGUGAGGAAAGCAGUAUAACAGCCGACACGUUGGUAAACUCCGCGGGUCUCUUCGCCGUCGAUAUCCAGAAUAUGAUUUUGCCUAAAGAACGGCACAGGAAAGCCUUUUACGCAAAAGGGUCUUAUUUCAGCUACGCUGUCUCGCGGCCUAAACCCUCCACGCUCGUCUACCCGGCUCCCGUACCAGGCCACGGCGGAUUGGGAACGCAUCUCACGCUCGACAUGGCGGGGCGAAUCCGCUUCGGACCAGAUGUCGAAUGGACAGAUUCCCCGACAGACUACUCCCCCAACACCAAAAACAUGAAGCAGGCUAUCGAUGAUAUCCAGACGUAUUUGCCAGGCGUGGAUCGAGACGCUAUUCAACCGGAUUACGUGGGUAUACGACCUAAAUUGGGGAAGUUGGCGGCGACGAGCGGGAAGGACUUUCAGGAUUUUGUGAUUCAGAAGGAGGAGGGGUAUGAGGGGUUUGUGAAUUUGUUGGCCAUGGAGAGUCCUGGGUUGACUAGUAGUUUGGCGGUUGCGGAGGAGGUGGAGGGGUUGUUGUAUCGGUAG